AGAAGAAACUGGGAUCUUUCUAACAAGAGUGGGAGGUGGAAGACAGGUUAAAGUCAUGGCAGUUGGGUGGAGACCGGCCACCCUUCUCCUUGUCUUCAUCCUGACGUUCCUCUGCCCCUCGGAUGGAACCAUGCACCUCUCUGGCGGCCAGAGACUGCGGUCUCGUCUUCAGAGGGAUCGCCGAAACGUUCGUCCAAACAUUAUUCUCAUUCUUACUGAUGACCAGGACAUUGAACUCGGCUCAAUGCAGUCCAUGAACAAAACAAAGCGCAUAAUGAUGCAGGGAGGCACUCACUUCUCCAAUGCAUUUGCCACCACUCCGAUGUGCUGCCCUUCUCGAUCAUCCAUCCUGACUGGGAAAUAUGUGCACAACCACCAUACCUACACCAACAAUGAGAACUGCUCAUCACCGUCCUGGCAGGCCCACCAUGAACCUCACACUUUUGCUGUUCACCUCAACAAUUCAGGCUACAGGACUG